AUGGCGCUGCCUCUGCUAGUGAGCAGGAGUGGUGUGUGCUCACACUUCUUCACUCCCUUUGGUACUCACUGCACCAAGUCGCUCCAAAUUCGCAUAAAGUUCAACUUUGUCGCGUUGCUGGACACGCCCACAUCCAGUCGCCAGUGGUCGCUGCCGCGCUGUUCUCUCUCUGCUGAUAAUCCGACAGAAAUCACAGGACACACAGGUGGUUCAGUGCUGUUCCCCUGCUCCUGCUCUGACCUGCACACCAAACCUCAGAGAUUCACCUGGGAGAGCGACAGAACAGGACCUGCGACAGAAGUGUUAAAUGAUGAACACUACCGUGGCAGACUUCAGCUGUUUAAUGACAUUUCUCCUGGUAAUCUGUCUCUGCUUAUAUCUGACUUGAGAGAAGAGGAUCAGAGAGUCUACAGGUGCAGCACUGAGAAGGAACACAGAGACAUCUGGCUUUAUGUUAAAGGCUGUGAGCUGGUGAAGAAGACAGGGGUAGAGGGUGUGACUGUGUUCACAGGAGAGUCUGUAGUUCUGCCCUGCGUCUGCACUGACCUACAGGACAAACCAAAGUCUGUAAAAUGGGAGUUUUCAAUACCAGUAACUAGAAUCAAUCACUUUCAGGAAAUUUACCCUGAACAGACUGGACGUCACAGAAACAGAGUCAAACUGGUCAGUAACAACGCUCCAGGAAACCUCUCUCUACUCAUAUCAGACCUGACUGAAGAGGACCAGGGACUCUACAGAUGUUCUGUACAGGCUGAUAGCAGAGAUGUCAGAUUAUCUGUUAAAGUAGGAAGAAGAGAAACUUCAACACACUCGAGGAAAACAGACACAACACCUCCAUCAGAACCGCCUCAGAGUAAAACAACAAACUCUCCACCUGCAUCAUCCUCAACAACACUGGAACAAGAUAAACAGCAAACAACCAGCAGCCUCCCUCUGGUUUUUGGCAUUCUGGGAGUUUUACUGCUGGUGAUAUCCGGUGUAGUGGCAUAUAUUUGUUGGAGACGCAAAGGAGGAAGAUGUGGAGAGAACGUGAUUACUGAAGGACGUCCGGACUGUAAGAGAAAGCAGAAGGAUCAGAUUGGGUCUGAUGUCACUGUAUUUACUACUGUUAUUUACACUUACUACUCUACUGACCCACAUUAACACAGCCGGAGCAGCAGAUCAUCACUGGACAGAAAACUGAAUAUAGCAGCAUUAUAACAAACUAAUCCAGAGUAAAUAUAGACACAUGCUCAGAUAUUAUAGAAUAAUGCUGAAAACAUGUAUUAAAUACGCUCCAUGGCCAGCACGGGAUUCACAGUAUUGACUUUUUCAGAUUUUUAUACAUCUUACAAUUAAAUAUCAGAUUCAGGCAUAAACAUGUGUGUUCCAUUUACUUAUGUUAGCUAAGUGUAUUGUUCUGCAUUCAUUGUUUAUCAUUAAUUGCUGAUGGAUAAUCUCGCUAAUUAUAUUUUGAGUGUACGUGUCAUUUUAUAUCUUAUGUGUACCAUACUUAUAUCAGGUUAAGAAAUGAAAGCUCUAGAAGGCUGUUGUCAUCAUGCUGUUUUGUGAAAGAAGACUGCUAUAGAAGUUCUUGUUUGUGACUUUUAAUGACUGGGUAAAAAUAAA